CCGGGUUGUCAGUGACAAACAUGGCACGUCCGUGCGGGUGGGGAGGUGCGUUUAUGUUGGGUCGAAAUUGGUUGAAUAAAGAUUUUUCAGCGGGUAAAUGUCGAAAUCUAUCUAGGCUGCUCUACGGUAGUGGGCCAUCAGUACAGAUAGGCCACAGGAGAAGUGUGACAACCAGUUCUGGGGCGGAGCGGAAAAGGCUUGGCAUAUUUGGGAAGGCCGUGCUGUUAGGACUUGGAGUGGGAGGAGUGUACGGAUAUUACAGUUAUGAGCAAAGAAAGAAGCUUUUAUCGAAACCAGCAUCAGGAGAGCAGUUCUUUCUCAAGGAUCCUCCACCCAAACCGGUGGUCUCGCGGCGGGCUUCUAUUCCGGAGGACAACACCGGGCUGAAGCUGACGCUCUACCAGUACCAGACGUGUCCCUUCUGCUGCAAGGUCAGGGCGUUCCUUGACUACUACGGCAUCUCCUAUGACCUGAUCGAGGUCAAUCCGGUGCUCCGGAAAGAGGUCAAAUGGUCCGCCUACAAGAAGGUGCCCAUUGUGGUGGCGGAAAUGCCGGAGGGCUGUCAGCAACUGAACGACAGCUCGAUGGUGAUGUCUGCGCUCUACUCGUACCUGUACGACCCAAGCCGAAGCCUAGCCGACCUGGCCACGUACUACCCGCCGCUGGUCUCCACCGACGACAAGGGACGCCGCAGGACCGACAUCAUGAACAAGUACUUCCUCAUGUACGGCGACAAAGACACCAAACGCACCAAGGACGACAUCAAGGCGGAGCGGAGCUGGCGUCGCUGGGCCGACGACGUGCUGGUGCACGCGCUCUCGCCGAACGUGUACCGCACGCCAGCCGAGGCGCUGCAGGCGUUCCGUUGGUUCUCCGAGACCGGAGACUGGGAGCGUCACUUCGCCGCCUGGGAGCGCCUGCUGGUGGUCUACGUCGGUGCCGCCGCCAUGUACGGCAUCGGCAAGAUCCUGAAGCGCCGGCACAACCUGAAGGACGACGUGCGUGAGUCGCUGUACGAUGGCUGCGCCACCUGGGUGAAGGAGUUGCGCAAGCGGAAGACGCCGUUCCAUGGGGGAGAACGUCCCAACCUGGCAGACAUCUCCGUAUACGGCGUCCUCAGCAGCAUCGAGGGAUGUGAUGCGUUCAAGGAUAUUCUGGAGCACACCAAGAUCGGCGACUGGUUCUACCGCAUGAAGUCGGCUGUCAACAACCACGAAGGCUGUCGGAGCGUGGUGUAACGUUGCCGACCCCAGAACGCUAGCGACAUCUAGUCUCUGUCGCCGUAAUCACGAUGGCGUCCAUCAGCGCGUGGUGGGUGUUGAAGUGUGUCUGUCUCAGAGGAUGGUGGCGGCUUGAGCAGGGACCGACCGAGGCAAUAUGUGAAUAAAGAGUGUGUGGUUUGUACGCCUGUCGUCCCUAUGGAGCUCACUGUUUGUCUUGUCUCGUGCCACCACACACGUGGAUGAACAUCGCUGGCGAGCAUGCCCACGAAUGAGUGCCCCCCCCCCCCCCUGACCGUCCGCCGGGGGCGGCGGGUGGCGCCAGCAGGCGGGGGGCAGGGUAGACUACUGGACGGUUACCGGCAACGCCGCGAUAAACACGUCUCUCCCAUCAGGCGCUAUCCCAAGAUCGCAGACCCUGUUCCGGAGUCGUCUGGCUUCAGCUGACUCCCCGUUGUGUCCGGCGCCUGGUUGUCUGUAUUGUGAGGCCGCGAAACGGCUGUCGUUUGCAUGUCAUGAAACUGCAGAUUGUUUCUGAGUCUUCAUAGAACUCUGACGGCGAACACCGGCGUUUGGAAAUCCAUGCACGGUUCCCGCUGAGUGGCCACUGUGUUCUUCACCAGAUGUGAUUUGAUAGCCAGUUUUAUCCAGUCCCGGAUCGCCGUCAUGGGCCGCCUAUCACAGCGAAUGAUUCAGCGGCGUAAGGUGUGAAAUGCCCAAUACACCCGAAUAAAGUGAU